AUGGACAUCAAUUCGCUUCUUUCGCCGGACUCGAAUCCCAAGUCUGGAAAUUCGACGCCCGUGCCUGGUCCUACGUCGAACAACGCACCGGCCACCUCUGCAGGGCCAUCCCCCCACAAAGCUAUUGAGAGAACUCGGACAGGCUCCAGGCGAAAGGGCAAGACUUCUUCGCCUCUUGCACAGCAGGUUUAUGUUCCUACUGGAGAAUCUUCACCAGGACCUAGUGGAGGAAAUGGAACUUCUCCGACUGAAGUACCCUCAAGACAACCAUCCACGCCAGGAAUGGACACUUUGGCGGAUCUCGCCUCGAUGCAGCACCACCAGCCACAACGUCCAACACCGACAAGCAUGCUCCGGAGCACUGAAUCCUACGAGCACCAGUUAUCUCCAUCUACGAUUCACCCACAUGUCAAUUCUGUCACCCAUAACACCCCUACCUCUCGGAUGUCCUUCGAGAUCGCUAUGUCGGAUGGGCGCGACGGGCCCGCAAAGAGGACCUACGCCGCGACUUCGCUCGACCCCGAUGCGCAGCGAAAGGCGACCGAACUUUUCCAUCAAAUCUCGCUCAACCCCCACACGCAUGAUGCGCACGUGCAAUUUAUCGGAUUGCUGCAUGCAGGAUUUGUCAACCACGUCUACCCGCCGAAUAACCCAGAUGUCCACGGUGACCCACGACGCUAUGAUCUACUCAACGAUUUAAAAACGGCACGUGAAGAAAUGGACAAGCUUUUCGCCAUGGGAGAAGAUCUUUGGGCCGAGUGGAUUCAGGAUGAGAGCAUGUUAGCUCAAGACGUCGACGGGCGCAUCGCUGUUCUAGAACUCUGUCAGCGAUCCGUUGAAGAGGAGUUUGGCAGCACAAAGCUGUGGAAUAUCUACGGCGAAUGGGUUCUUUACCUCUACAAUUCCGCCCAUGGCGAAGCCAGUUCUCUUCAGUGGACUGAAGAGGAUCGCAUGGUCGGGCGUGAGGUGUUCACGUGGGAUUCAGUCAUAGAGGUGUGGCAGCGCGGCGCAGACGCUACUAAUUGGAGAAUUAACAACAGCCACCUGGUGUGGGAUCGCCUCUUGGAUCUCUAUGCUCAGGAUAUUGCUCGCGCACCCUCCCAAGAAAAGAUCAACCAUCUUCAUGGACUUUAUGGCCAUCGUCUGCAAACUCCCCACGCCACCUGGGAUCAGACUUUCCAAAAGUUUUCAAGCUUCAUUUCGACUUAUUGCAACAGCAAGUAUGAGGAGAUCAUGUCCGAGACUGUCGCCCGGGCAGCCGAGCCAAAGGCUCUCUACAACGCACGAGAGGAAUUCGAACAUCGUCUAGCCAAAGCGCAAGAGUCUGGCGAUCGCGCCCUUGAAUGGACAGUCUACUCCGAGUACAUUGAUUGGGAAUUGACGCGCAACCGCCGGAAACGGGGAGAUUUCAGCUUCGACUUGGUGAAUGCCCUCUAUCAGCGCGCUGUUCUUCACUUCCCUACCGAUGUGUCACUUUGGGAAGACUAUGUCAUGUUCUUGAUCGGCGAAUCUCUUCAUCGCCGUGCCUCUACCACCACAAUUUCUACCCUAGACCGCGCUACGCGUCAUUGUCCAUGGUCUGGAAACCUGUGGUCCCAGUAUCUGCUAAGCUCGGAAAGAGAGAACCAGUCGUUCAACAAGAUUUCUAGCAUCAAGCACAAGGCGACCAGCACUGGACUGCUUGAUGCUGGUGGUUUGGAGGAAGUCUUGAAGGUUCACGUCACCUGGUGCAGUUACCUUCGCCGACGCGCCUUUUUGUCCGACUCGACCGACGAAGAUCUUGAUGUCGCGGAAGUUGGUAUUCGCUCAGCAAUCGAAAGCGUGCAAGAGCUGGGCGAAAAGAAGUACGGCCCGGCGUAUCAGGGCGAUCCUCUUUUCCGUCUGGAACGAAUUUAUAUUCGUUUCUUUAGCGAAAGCGGCAGCUGGGACAGCGCACGAGAGACCUUCAAGGGCUUAGUAAAGCGCCGGGGCGGUAGCUAUGAGUUUUGGCUCACUUACUACGGAUGGGAGUUGAUUUGCUGGAGCAAAUUUGUGCAAGGCGAGGCAACAGUCGACGCAGCGCGCCGAACCCCCAACCCGAGCUAUGCUACUGCCGUUCUCAAACAAGCGAUCAAGAGAACAGAUCUGGACUGGCCUGACAAGAUCUUUCAGACAUAUGUUACGCAUUGCGAGGAUUAUGAGGACUCGGAUGAGCUCCAGCUGGCCGUGAUUGAGACCCGGAAAGCAAUGCGAGCUGUCGCUGCUCGGCGAGAGAGAGAAGCGCGAGAGGCAGCGGAAGCACAACAGCAGCAGCAGCAGCAGCAGCAGCAGCAGCAACAACAGCAACAGUGGGAGGCCGCAGUAGAGGCAGUUCCUUCGCCUGAAAAGAGAAAACGCGAAGAAGAAAAGGACGAGAUGCCGGAAACUAAAAAGGUCCGCAACGAUGAGGCACCGGCAGAGAUUGCCGCUCCUUCACGGGAUCGAGAGAAUGCGACCGUUAUUGUCAGGAACUUGCCUAAAGGUACAACUGAGCGUCUCGUUCGCCAAUUCUUCCGUCAUGUUGGUACUGCCAACACCGUCAAAAUGCUCCGAAGAGACGAGAAAGCCUCAGAGGUUGCGAUCAUCGAGUUUGAAACCAAGGAAGAGGCUCUUGCUGCUCUCACUCGUGACCAAAAGCGCUUCAACGACACUGAUAACAUCAUCGAUGUCCAAAUUGGGUCAGAGACGACACUUUGGAUCACCAAUUACCCACCGCAUGCGGAUGAGGAUUACCUCCGCAACCUUUUCAGCAAAUAUGGUGAAGUUCUCGAAGUUCGAAUGCCAUCUCUCAAGUUUGAUACUUCCAGACGCUUCUGUUACUUGCAGUUGGAUAGCUCCAGUGCUGCCCACCAUGCAACAGAGCUUAAUGGAAUGCGAACGGAAGAUGGCAAGAAGCUUUGUGUUAAGAUAUCCGAUCCUGCACAAAAAACAGCCCGCAGCGGCUCCAGAUACGAAGGACGAGAAAUCUAUCUUUCAAACAUUCACUGGGAAGCCAAUGAAGAUGAUCUGAAAGCACUAUUUUCAAAAUUCGGCGAAAUCGAAAGGAUCUUGAUUGAGCGAAAGCUUACCGGUCUCAGUAAAGGGUAUGGCUUUAUUACUUUCUCUACCAAGGAAGCAGCUAGCGACGCCGUCUCGAUGAACGAGCAUGUGUUCAAAUCACGUCCUCUUCAUGUUGAAAUUGCUGGCACCAACACUCGGCGUGGGAACCAAAUGGUCAUCUCUCAAAUUGCAUCACACCCAGCAGCUCAGGGUGUUGACGGUCUUGAAGUACCGGUCGGUGAGCAUGCGCAGCGCACCCUUGCCUUGAUGAACGUUCCCGAUACCGUCAACCAAGCCCGUAUCCGUACCAUUGUCGAGCCAUAUGGGCGUUUAGUAAUGAUCAAUUUGCGCCCAGAGCAUCAAGGUGCUAUUGUGGAAUAUGUCAAUAUUCAGGAUGCCGGCAAAGCUGCGCUGGCGCUUGAAGGGAAGGAGAUCACUGCUGGACGCCCUCUCCAUAUCGGCACUGUUCGAGAGUUGAUGAAUUCCCAGCCGGAAUUCAAAACAGACCGGGGUUUCCCCGUCAAGCACGAAGGCAAAACGAAGAAGACGACGAACCUACAACCUACCGGGCCGAUUAGACGCCCGCAGCAACCUGGCGCUCGGAAGGGUGGUCUAGGGUUGAAACGACAGGCCGCAACUCCCGGUCAGAAACCAUCUGCCGCCGCUAAUCCGUCCAGUGACAAAAUGGACACGGCGCCCGACGGCGAGAGCAAACCGAAAAAGAGCAACGAUGAUUUCCGCGCCAUGCUCACACAAAAGCGUCCGGAAUGA